GUCGGAACUAGCGUAAAUCUCAAUGUCACGUUUGUUGUGUAAAAUGUGGUAGAAAGGCAGCUGUUUACCAAACUGGUGAAACAUGUAUAAAUUAAAUUGUUUGUUUGUUAGCUCUGUGGGCACAGUGUGCCGGCACAUAGCUGGCUGUCUGAACGCAGGAAGCGCCAUAUGGGGGCCCAGCGGGCUGCAGCGAGCCGUGUGCUCCAGUGCUGUCAGGCUGCAGGAGAGCACACCAUCCUCCACAGACUCUUCAACAGUCUCCAAAGAGUUCAGCCAUUAUCCUCCAUUGCCUGGUCAGGACAGUCCACUGAGAUGGGGUGGAAAGAAGUUUGAUGAGUUACCGAUCGCUCACAUCAAAGCCACGUACAACAACACACACAUCCAGGUGACGGACAGCGCCGGCUUGUCUAUGGUCAGGACGUCGUGUGGAACAGAAGGCUUCAAGAAUAUCAAGAAAUCAACACCCAUCGCCGCUCAGACCGCAGCCAUCUCUGCUGCUGCGAAAGCCACAGCAAAAGGAGUGACAUUCGUUCGUGUUGUGGUCAAAGGUCUUGGUCCUGGACGCCUGUCUGCAAUCAAAGGUUUGACAAUGGGAGGACUGGAGGUGGUGUCCAUCACCGACAACACUCCUGUGCCACACAACGGAUGCCGCCCACGAAAAGCAAGAAGGAUGUGAUCAGCACAAACCAUCUUAUUCUACAAGGGGGACCGAAGAUGCUGUUCUGUUUAUAACAUGCUAAUAAAGUUUGUUUGUUGUGUAA